CACGCCUCUUCUCAUUUAUACAACUUCAAAGAAGAGACUUCAGGAGUCGGGCAGAGGCACGCAUAAGGGCUUCGCUAACUUCAACUAACUCAUUUUUAUUUCAAUGGUAUUUCCUCCUUAAUUUUCUGGACUUACACAACCGCAAAAAUGGCUCUACCGUACUCCCAAAGAGUAAGGACACUGAAGACAGUGAUCGUCGCGGAACCGAGCACACAGACUGUCUUCACAUCCACUCCUGUCGGGAUGAGCGAAGGUUCGUCGACUUACCGAACGGUAAAACUCGCGGGAGCUCAGCUACAGCCGGUCCAGUACCUUAACAGCCAAGUCGAUGCGGGAGCUCAGCAACAGCAGCUCCAGUACAUUAACAGCCAAGUCGAUGCGGGAGCUCAGCAACAGCAGCUCCAGUACAUUAACAGCCAAGUCGAGGCGGGAGCUCAGCUACAGCCGGUCCAGUACCUUAACAGCCAAGUGGAGGGGAACGUGAUGUACGGUGGUGCGCGAUACCUGGUGCCUAUGCAGCAGCGGCGGCCCGCGGAGUCAGUCAUGUACCUGAGUCAGGCGCCGCGCGUCAUGCAACCUGUGUACUUCCAGAACGUUCAGAACGUUCAGCCCGUCAGCGCCGACGAAACCGAUGUCUACACACAAGUAAACAUAAAUGGACAAACAUCUGUCUUCAGCCAGUUAUCCAGUCCAGUCAAGAGCUCUGAACCAUCUGAGUCGGAGUUGGUGGAGACUUCAAGCAUUCAAGAGGAAGUUGUGGACCUGAGAGAAAUAAAGAAUGGCCACUCUGAGAUUAAGACCGAGAUUAUCGAUGUGGAACCGGUCGCCAAGAUGGACAACCGCUUCUUUGGUGAGCUUCUUGCCGAGGUUUACCGCAAGAACUCAGAUAUUCACACCUGCAUCUCCGAGCAUGUGGCCAAGAUCCGCGGAAGGAAACACCUCCUGGACCCCACCAUUGACUACAAGGUGGAAAAAGAAGAAAUAGAGAGUGUCAUUCCUAAAGGAGUGUCUGAACUGACUAAGCAGCAAAUCCGCUACCUGCUGCAGACUCGUAUGACGGCUGAUAAAACCAUGCGUCUGUUGAUGGCCACGUUCAGCAGUCUGCGAGAAGAGCUAGUGCAUAUGCAGGACGAUCUCAGGCGUCUGGAGAGUGAGAAGGAGGAGCUGGAGAGAGAUCUGAGCUUCAAGGCAGAUCAGGCUCUGCAAUAUGACAGACUACUGGAGACCGUACGUGAGCACAACAGACAACUGCAGGCUGCUGUGAAGGAAAGUAAUAACACUCAGCGUACUCUAGAAAGUCAGCUACUGACCUGGCAGAGCAAAGACCCCAGCAAAGACUUCCGCAUUAAAGAACUGGAGGGCAGCAAGAGGGCCCUGGAGCAGGAGAACGAGCUGCUCAAGAAGAAGUUGGCAGGGCAGUGCAGUAGUUCCACUGUCCAAAUCAAAACACAGGAGCUGUCCAGAGAGUAUGAACAGAUGCUGAAAGAUCUACGAGAGGAGAAGGACAGAGAACUCAAGAAUAUGCGGACUCAGCUUGUAAAGAUCCAGACCGAGCGCACCAUUACACAGACCUCUGACAGCGGCUUGGAGAUGCGUAUCUCUGAGCUUCUGUCCAAACUAGAACAACAUGAAAGUGUCAUCAGACACCAGGAGGAGGAAAUCAGACGACUUAAACAGCAGAAGAUCGACAACUCCAGCAGUACAACGAAGACUGUCGUUACCAAGAGAUACAUGAACCAGUACCCUCUUCUGGGACUGCUGAGUGACGACUACCAGUACAAACCACCCAUUAAAGAGGACAGGACUGUCAUCAUCAAGAGUACGGGGGUCACCUCGCGAAUCUUCUAGAUUGAAUGAACAGGAAGAAGAUUUAGAGGCCUCCCCGUUUCCCCCGUCCAAAUCUUAUUCUCUGCAUGCUGCCCUCUUUCCAGUGGCUCCUUUUGGUGAUGGUGGCGCUGACUUUUUAGUUGUUAUGCUUUGGAAUUGGAUAAUGCCGUAUGAAGUAAGAACUAAAACAGCAUUUAAUCACAGCUGACACAAUACCGUGUGACUACUGAUAGUUAUUUUUAUAUUGUUGAGUCAUCUCUUCAUAUGAUGCACCACAACCUUUAGUAGCCUCUAGUCAAUACUACUGUAAGCAUGUAAAUAUUUGGAGAGGAAUGAUAUGCAAGUAUAUACCUUGACUGGAAUAAAAGUUGAGUAUUGUCUGUAAUGUAAAAGGUGAUUGCUGGUUUUCUUGGUUUUCUUAUUCAUUUGGGUACAUUAAUUAUGCAAAUGUUAAUUUUUUUAUUUUUUUGGUUACGUCACAGAGGUGAUGCUUUAUGUAGAAAAUUAUGCAUAUGUGUCAUAGUGGUCGACCGAUGCACGUUUUUCAAUGACCCAUGCAGAUUGCAGGAUGACCCACUAUAUAGAAAUAUAAAAAUAAGUUUUUAAAAGAUGCAUUUAUUUGAUCAAACAGUAAAAACAGAAA